AUGUUUUCAGGAUUGAGUUCACAACACAACGAGCUGGUUUGUAGUACGUGGGGUAACUACCAUUACAAGACGUUCGAUGGAGACGUUGUUCAGCUGCCGACCACCUGCAACUACAUCCUCACCUCACACUGUCACAACAGCUAUGAAGAUUUCAACAUUCAGCUGAGACGUCAGGUGACGAACGGUGAACCAACCAUCAGCAGAAUCGUCAUGAAACUGGAAGGCACCGUGGUCCAGAUCACCAAAGACUCGGUCAGCGUCGGUGGACAAACAGUGACACUGCCAUUCAGCAGCUCUGGAGUUUUAAUCGAGAAGUUGUCCAGUUAUAUUAUGGUGAAGACGGUUUUUGGUCUCGUAGCCAUGUGGAAUGAAGAUGACGGUUUCAUGGUCAGGUUAGAUGAGAAAUACAGAAACCAAACAUGUGGACUCUGUGGCGACUUCAAUGGAAUCCAGCUGUACAAUGAAUUCAUCAGUGAUGGAUCUACGAUGACUGUGUCUGAAUAUGGAAACCAUUGGAGGAUGGAUGAUCCAACAGAAAUCUGUGAGGAAGAUGAUAUGUCUCAUGAUGAAAACUGUGGAGAUGAGACGUUUUGCCGUCAUGUCUUCUCCAGUCAAGUGUUCAGCGAGUGCAGCGGUCUGGUGUCCAUUGAUUCUUUCAUCCAAGUUUGCAUGAAAGAUUUGUGUCACUGCAACAUCUCUGGAAGCUUCUGUCUGUGCAAAACCAUAGCUGAAUACUCCAGACAGUGUGUGCAUGCAGGAGGCAAACCUGCAGAAUGGAGAACAGACCAUUUCUGCGCUCAUCCGUGUCCGAGCAGCAUGGUGCAUCAAGAGUGUGGAAAUCCGUGUACAGACACCUGCUCCAAUCCUGAGAGAGGACAACUGUGUGAACAGCACUGUAUCGAUGGAUGCUUCUGUCCUCUGGGCACUGUUUUUGAUGAUAUAAACCAGUCUGGCUGUAUACCCCUCCACGAAUGCCCCUGCGUGUUCGGAGGUAAAACGUUUGCUGCCGGGGAGAAUUACACAAGCACCUGCAGAGACUGCACGUGUGCUCACGGUGAAUGGAGCUGCGUUCAGAAGGAUUGUCCUCGCUCGUGCUCUGUGGAGGGGGGAUCUCAUAUCACCACAUAUGAUGGAAAAGCGUACACUUUUCAUGGAGACUGUACUUAUGUGCUUUCCAAACAAUGCACAGACACAGAAUUCACAGUUCAGGGAGAUCUGGUGAAGUGUGGCGUGACGGACACUGAGAGCUGUCUGAAGGCCGUAACUUUGGCUCUGUCUGAAGGGAUGACUGUGAUCAAAGUGGAUUCAAGUGGAAAUCUUGAGAUCAACAGAAUCAUUUCUCAGAUGCCCUUUUUCACGGCUGACGUCAGCAUUUUCAAGCCCUCGUCGUUCUACAUUGUCAUUCAGGCCAAUUUGAUUGGGCUUCGGUUAGAGAUCCAGCUUGUACCAUUAAUGCAAGUUUACAUCACCACCGAUUCAGCGUACCAAGGAGAAACAUGUGGUCUUUGUGGCAAUUUCAACAACAUUGAGGCCGAUGACUUUACGACCAUCGGAGGACUGAGAGAAGGAACGGCCGUCGAUUUCGCCAACACUUGGAAAACUCGAGCCAGCUGCCCUGACAUCAAGAGAAGCUUUGAGAAUCCCUGCAGUCUGAGCAUUGAAAAUGAGAAAUAUGCCCAGCACUGGUGUGCGUUGUUGUCAGACCCGUCAGGACUCUUCGCUCCAUGUCACACCGAAGUCAAUCCUGAUGUUUAUCAAGCAAACUGCAUAUAUGACAGCUGUAACUGUGAGAGGACGGAGGACUGCAUGUGUGCCGCGCUGUCGUCAUACGUACACGCGUGUGCCGCCAGAGGAAUUCUGCUGGACGGCUGGAGAGACGCCGCCUGCAAAAAGUACACCACGAUAUGUCCGAUCAGCACGGUCUACUCUUAUGACAUGACCAGCUGUGACCGCACCUGUCGAUCUCUUGGUCAAUCAGACAGCACCUGUGCUAUUGCCUUUGUGCCGGUGGACGGCUGCGGCUGCGCAGACGGCACCUUCAUGAAUGAGAAUGGGGAUUGUGUUGCCUCUGUCAACUGCUCAUGUUAUGAUUCAGGCAAAACUAUAUCACCAGGAGAUGUCAUCUCGAAAGACGGACGGACAUGUGUCUGUGAGGAGGGAAAACUGAGCUGCUCUGGAGGACACACUGCAGAAGGUGUGUGGGUGUAAUGUGUCGCACCUAUGACGUUCUUCAACUGCUCCAGCGCGCCCUCAGGUUCGACGGGAUCCGAGUGUCAGAAGAGCUGUAACACAUUUGACAUGGCCUGCAUCAGCACAGAGUGUGUGUCCGGGUGUGUGUGUCCCUCUGGACUGGUGUCGGAUGGAAAUGGCGACUGUAUACCUGAAGAUCUGUGUCCCUGCUAUCACAAUGGAGUUGCGUAUCAACCCAGGGAAAGCAUUUUCGCUGACUGUAAUACAUGCACUUGUAAUGAGAGAAGAUGGCAGUGCACUGAGCACCAGUGCAGCGGAACAUGCAGCAUUUACGGAGAUGGCCAUUAUCAUACGUUUGAUGACAAAAGAUACGUCUUUGGUGGAAGCAGUGAAUACAGCGUCGUUCAGGAUUACUGCAGCAACAAUAACGUUAAUGGCUCGUUUCGAGUGGUGACUGAAAAUAUUCCCUGCGGAACCACCGGCACCACCUGCUCCAAGGCCAUCAAGCUUUUUCUCGGAAGCAAUGAACUCAGACUGACAGAGGGAACCUAUCAAGUUGUCCAGAGGGAUGCCGGAGAGGAGAUUCCUUACCAGAUACGCAGCAUGGGACUUUACAUGGUGAUCGAAGCAAAUAAUGGACUGAUGCUGAUAUGGGACAAAAAAACGACUAUACACAUCAAGCUGAGUCCGGAGUUCAGUGGUCGUGUGUGCGGUCUGUGUGGAAACUACGAUGGGAAUGCGAACAAUGACUUCACUUCCCGCAGUCAAGCGCUUUCCGUCGAUGUCCUGGAAUUUGGAAAUAGUUGGAAGCUUUCUAGUGGCCCGGAUGCAACUCUCACAGAGGAUCCGUGUGUUCAUAAUCCCUACAGGGAGGCUUGGGCACUGAAACAGUGCAGCAUAAUAACAAGCAGCGUCUUCUCAGCCUGUCAUCCACAGGUGGAUCCGUCUUCAUUCUACGACGCUUGUGUGAGAGACUCUUGCGCUUGUGACAGUGGUGGAGAUUAUGAAUGUUUCUGUACGACUGUAGCGGCUUAUGCUCAAGCCUGUAAUGAAGCUGGAGCCUGCGUCGUCUGGAGAACUCCAAAAAUAUGCCCGUUGUUCUGUGAUUAUUACAAUCCACCUGGUGAAUGCGAGUGGCACUACAAACCUUGCGGAGCUCCAUGUAUGCACACCUGCAGAAACCCCUCUGGAAAUUGCUCAAGUCAAACACCAGCACUUGAAGGUUGCUAUCCUCAGUGCCCUCAGGAGCAGCCUAUUUUUGAUGAGGAUAACAUGAAAUGUGUAGUACAGGAAGAUUGUGGCUGCUAUGAUGGACUGAUACAUUAUGAGAUAGGCCAGCAGGUGCCAACCACAGAGAACUGUCAGUCAUGUAACUGCUCUGAGUUUGGCAUUAUGUGUGACUAUGAUGUUUAUGCAUGCACAUGCAUUUACAAUGAUGUACAGUACCGCUAUAAUGACAUCAUUUAUCACACAACGGAUGGACUUGGAAGUUGUAUCACAGCCACAUGUUCAGCCAAUGGAACUAUAGAGAGAACUUUCAUUGCUUGUGAGACGACUAGUGUUCCAACAACUUCCUCCCCCCCGACUACAACACCAAUCCCAACAACUGUUUUUGUCUUCAGCACACCAGAAAUUACUUCCCCUGAAACAGAAAAACGAACAACCACAUCUCAAGGCGUUUUCUCCACAUCCAGGAAGCCAGACACGAUGGCUACGAGUGGGAAAACAAGUCAACCAGCAACAACUGAAGAUAUUGUAACUGCUUCUACAAAGGAGACCAAAUAUUCAACUGAAAAACAAUUAUCAAUGAAUACUACAAUUUCACUGAAAUCAACAUCAACACUGUCCACAACAGCACCAAAAACAGAAACUGAAAGUUCCACAGUAAUGGAAACUACAAGCAUGACUACAUCAAAGACUUCAAUUGCACCUAUUACAAAAACACUUGCAACCAUCACUGGGGAAAUAUUCACAACAAGUUCUGCAACAUCUACAUCCACACUGGAGAUAACUGCGGAACAGAGAACGACAGAGACUGUGUCUUCCACCACUAGACCACCAAAGGUGGAGACAACUGGACAAACAAGUCAACCAAUAACAGUAACAGAGACAACUGCUGUGCCAUUGACAACAGUUGUGUCAACAACCCCAGAAUCCUCCACUGAAGCUGAGGGGGUUUCUUCAACAACAAAACCAAUCAAAGCUGAAACAACAUUUGCAACAACCACACCAAGCAUCCCAACCACAACACUGUUUGUGAAAGAGAGCACCACUGUCCCAUCAUCCACAGAGACAAGCAGAGCUGCAACAACCUCUACAUCAGUGACAGCUACUCAAACAACUGGAGAGCCAAGAACGACAGAGACUGUUACAGAAAAUGAAACAACUACAUUUGAGACACCUGUGUCCAUCACCACAAGACCACCAAAGGUGGUGACAACAGGACUAACAAACCAACCAACCACCACAUCUACAACAACAGCUGAAGAAAUCACAUCUACACCAUCUGAACUGUCAACAUCUUCUGUUCCAGCAACACAUACCUCAUUACCAGUUAUAACAUCCACAAAACCAACAACAGAAACAGAGACAACGGUUGUGCCAGUCACUACAGUUUUGUCCACAACAACAAGAGCUGAAUCCUCCACUGAAGCUGAGAUUACCACUGAGGGGGUUUCUUCAACAACAAAACCAAUCAAAGCUGAAACAACAAUUGCAACAACCACACCAAGCAUCCCAACCACAACACUGUUUGUGAAAGAGAGCACCACUGUCCCAUCAUCCACAGAGACAAGCAGAGCUGCAACAACCUCUACAUCAGUGACAGCUACUCAAACAACUGGAGAGUCAAGAACAACAGAGACUGUUACAGAAAAUGAAACAACUACAUUUGAGACACCUGUGUCCAUCACCACAAGACCACCAAAGGUGGUGACAACAGGACUAACAAACCAACCAACCACCACAUCUACAACAACAGCUGAAGAAAUCACAUCUACACCAUCUGAACUGUCAACAUCUUCUGUUCCAGCAACACAUACCUCAUUACCAGUUAUAACAUCCACAAAACCAACAACAGAAACAGAGACAACGGUUGUGCCAGUCACUACAGUUUUGUCCACAACAACAAGAGCUGAAUCCUCCACUGAAGCUGAGAUUACCACUGAGGGGGUUUCUUCAACAACAAAACCAAUCAAAGCUGAAACAACAAUUGCAACAACCACACCAAGCAUCCCAACCACAACACUGUUUGUGAAAGAGAGCACCACUGUCCCAUCAUCCACAGAGACAAGCAGAGCUGCAACAACCUCUACAUCAGUGACCACUACUCAAACAACUGGAGAGUCAAGAACAACAGAGACUGUUACAGAAAAUGAAACAACUACAUUUGAGACACCUGUGUCCAUCACCACAAGACCACCAAAGGUGGUGACAACAGGACUAACAAACCAACCAACCACCACAUCUACAACAACAGCUGAAGAAAUCACAUCAACGCCAUCUGAACUGUCAACAUCUUCUGUUCGAGCAACUCAUACUUCAUUACCAGUUAUAACAUCCACAAAACCAACAACAGAAACAGAGACAACGGUUGUGCCAGUCACUACAGUUUUGUCCACAACAACAAGAGCUGAAUCCUCCACUGAAGCUGAGAUUACCACUGAGGGGGUUUCUUCAACAACAAAACCAAUCAAAGCUGAAACAACAAUUGCAACAACCACACCAAGCAUCCCAACCACAACACUGUUUGAGAAAGAGAGCACCACUGUCCCAUCAUCCACAGAGACAAGCAGAGCUGCAACAACCUCUACAUCAGUGACAGCUACUCAAACAACUGGAGAGUCAAGAACAACAGAGACUGUUACAGAAAAUGAAACAACUACAUUUGAGACACCUGUGUCCAUCACCACAAGACCACCAAAGGUGGUGACAACAGGACUAACAAACCAACCAAUCACCACAUCUACAACAACAGCUGAAGAAAUCACAUCUACACCAUCUGAACUGUCAACAUCUUCUGUUCCAGCAACACAUACCUCAUUACCAGUUAUAACAUCCACAAAACCAACAACAGAAACAGAGACAACGGUUGUGCCAGUCACUACAGUUUUGUCGACAACAACAAGAGCUGAAUCCUCCACUGAAGCUGAGAUUACCACUGAGGGGGUUUCUUCAACAACAAAACCAAUCAAAGCUGAAACAACAAUUGCAACAACCACACCAAGCAUCCCAACCACAACACUGUUUGUGAAAGAGAGCACCACUGUCCCAUCAUCCACAGAGACAAGCAGAGCUGCAACAACCUCUACAUCAGUGACAGCUACUCAAACAACUGGAGAGCCAAGAACGACAGAGACUGUUACAGAAAAUGAAACAACUACAUUUGAGACACCUGUAUCCAUCACCACAAGACCACCAAAGGUGGUGACAACAGGACUAACAAACCAACCAACCACCACAUCUACAACAACGGCUGAAGAAAUCACAUCAACACCAUCUGAACUGUCAACAUCUUCUGUUCCAGCAACUCAUACUUCAUUACCAGUUAUAACAUCCACAAAACCAACAACAGAAACAGAGACAACGGUUGUGCCAGUCACUACAGUUUUGUCCACAACAACAAGAGCUGAAUCCUCCACUGAAGCUGAGAUUACCACUGAGGGGGUUUCUUCAACAACAAAACCAAUCAAAGCUGAAACAACAUUUGCAACAACCACACCAAGCAUCCCAACCACAACACUGUUUGAGAAAGAGAGCACCACUGUCCCAUCAUCCACAGAGACAAGCAGAGCUGCAACAACCUCUACAUCAGUGACAGCUACUCAAACAACUGGAGAGUCAAGAACGACAGAGACUGUUACAGAAAAUGAAACAACUACAUUUGAGACACCUGUGUCCAUCACCACAAGACCACCAAAGGUGGUGACAACAGGACUAACAAACCAACCAACCACCACAUCUACAACAACAGCUGAAGAAAUCACAUCUACACCAUCUGAACUGUCAACAUCUUCUGUUCCAGCAACACAUACCUCAUUACCAGUUAUAACAUCCACAAAACCAACAACAGAAACAGAGACAACGGUUGUGCCAGUCACUACAGUUUUGUCCACAACAACAAGAGCUGAAUCCUCCACUGAAGCUGAGAUUACCACUGAGGGGGUUUCUUCAACAACAAAACCAAUCAAAGCUGAAACAACAAUUGCAACAACCACACCAAGCAUCCCAACCACAACACUGUUUGAGAAAGAGAGCACCACUGUCCCAUCAUCCACAGAGACAAGCAGAGCUGCAACAACCUCUACAUCAGUGACAGCUACUCAAACAACUGGAGAGUCAAGAACAACAGAGACUGUUACAGAAAAUGAAACAACUACAUUUGAGACACCUGUGUCCAUCACCACAAGACCACCAAAGGUGGUGACAACAGGACUAACAAACCAACCAACCACCACAUCUACAACAACAGCUGAAGAAAUCACAUCUACACCAUCUGAAAUGUCAACAUCUUCUGUUCCAGCAACACAUACCUCAUUACCAGUUAUAACAUCCACAAAACCAACAACUGAAACAGAGACAACGGUUGUGCCAGUCACUACAGUUUUGUCCACAACAACAAGAGCUGAAUCCUCCACUGAAGCUGAGAUUACCACUGAGGGGGUUUCUUCAACAACAAAACCAAUCAAAGCUGAAACAACAAUUGCAACAACCACACCAAGCAUCCCAACCACAACACUGUUUGUGAAAGAGAGCACCACUGUCCCAUCAUCCACAAAGACAAGCAGAGCUGCAACAACCUCUACAUCAGUGACCACUACUCAAACAACUGGAGAGCCAAGAACAACAGAGACUGUUACAGAAAAUGAAACAACUACAUUUGAGACACCUGUAUCCAUCACCACAAGACCACCAAAGGUGGUGACAACAGGACUAACAAACCAACCAACCACCACAUCUACAACAACGGCUGAAGAAAUCACAUCAACACCAUCUGAACUGUCAACAUCUUCUGUUCCAGCAACUCAUACUUCAUUACCAGUUAUAACAUCCACAAAACCAACAACAGAAACAGAGACAACGGUUGUGCCAGUCACUACAGUUUUGUCCACAACAACAAGAGCUGAAUCCUCCACUGAAGCUGAGAUUACCACUGAGGGGGUUUCUUCAACAACAAAACCAAUCAAAGCUGAAACAACAAUUGCAACAACCACACCAAGCAUCCCAACCACAACACUGUUUGAGAAAGAGAGCACCACUGUCCCAUCAUCCACAGAGACAAGCAGAGCUGCAACAACCUCUACAUCAGUGACAGCUACUCAAACAACUGGAGAGUCAAGAACAACAGAGACUGUUACAGAAAAUGAAACAACUACAUUUGAGACACCUGUGUCCAUCACCACAAGACCACCAAAGGUGGUGACAACAGGACUAACAAACCAACCAACCACCACAUCUACAACAACAGCUGAAGAAAUCACAUCUACACCAUCUGAACUGUCAACAUCUUCUGUUCCCGCAACACAUACCUCAUUACCAGUUAUAACAUCCACAAAACCAACAACAGAAACAGAGACAACGGUUGUGCCAGUCACUACAGUUUUGUCCACAACAACAAGAGCUGAAUCCUCCACUGAAGCUGAGAUUACCACUGAGGGGGUUUCUUCAACAACAAAACCAAUCAAAGCUGAAACAACAUUUGCAACAACCACACCAAGCAUCCCAACCACAACACUGUUUGAGAAAGAGAGCACCACUGUCCCAUCAUCCACAGAGACAAGCAGAGCUGCAACAACCUCUACAUCAGUGACAGCUACUCAAACAACUGGAGAGUCAAGAACGACAGAGACUGUUACAGAAAAUGAAACAACUACAUUUGAGACACCUGUGUCCAUCACCACAAGACCACCAAAGGUGGUGACAACAGGACUAACAAACCAACCAACCACCACAUCUACAACAACAGCUGAAGAAAUCACAUCUACACCAUCUGAACUGUCAACAUCUUCUGUUCCAGCAACACAUACCUCAUUACCAGUUAUAACAUCCACAAAACCAACAACAGAAACAGAGACAACGGUUGUGCCAGUCACUACAGUUUUGUCCACAACAACAAGAGCUGAAUCCUCCACUGAAGCUGAGAUUACCACUGAGGGGGUUUCUUCAACAACAAAACCAAUCAAGGCUGAAACAACAAUUGCAACAACCACACCAAGCAUCCCAACCACAACACUGUUUGAGAAAGAGAGCACCACUGUCCCAUCAUCCACAGAGACAAGCAGAGCUGCAACAACCUCUACAUCAGUGACAGCUACUCAAACAACUGGAGAGUCAAGAACAACAGAGACUGUUACAGAAAAUGAAACAACUACAUUUGAGACACCUGUGUCCAUCACCACAAGACCACCAAAGGUGGUGACAACAGGACUAACAAACCAACCAAUCACCACAUCUACAACAACAGCUGAAGAAAUCACAUCUACACCAUCUGAACUGUCAACAUCUUCUGUUCCAGCAACACAUACCUCAUUACCAGUUAUAACAUCCACAAAACCAACAACAGAAACAGAGACAACGGUUGUGCCAGUCACUACAGUUUUGUCCACAACAACAAGAGCUGAAUCCUCCACUGAAGCUGAGAUUACCACUGAGGGGGUUUCUUCAACAACAAAACCAAUCAAGGCUGAAACAACAAUUGCAACAACCACACCAAGCAUCCCAACCACAACACUGUUUGUGAAAGAGAGCACCACUGUCCCAUCAUCCACAGAGACAAGCAGAGCUGCAACAACCUCUACAUCAGUGACCACUACUCAAACAACUGGAGAGCCAAGAACGACAGAGACUGUUACAGAAAAUGAAACAACUACAUUUGAGACACCUGUGUCCAUCACCACAAGACCACCAAAGGUGGUGACAACAGGACUAACAAACCAACCAACCACCACAUCUACAACAACAGCUGAAGAAAUCACAUCUACACCAUCUGAACUGUCAACAUCUUCUGUUCCAGCAACACAUACCUCAUUACCAGUUAUAACAUCCACAAAACCAACAACAGAAACAGAGACAACGGUUGUGCCAGUCACUACAGUUUUGUCGACAACAACAAGAGCUGAAUCCUCCACUGAAGCUGAGAUUACCACUGAGGGGGUUUCUUCAACAACAAAACCAAUCAAAGCUGAAACAACAUUUGCAACAACCACACCAAGCAUCCCAACCACAACACUGUUUGUGAAAGAGAGCACCACUGUCCCAUCAUCCACAGAGACAAGCAGAGCUGCAACAACCUCUACAUCAGUGACCACUACUCAAACAACUGGAGAGUCAAGAACAACAGAGACUGUUACAGAAAAUGAAACAACUACAUUUGAGACACCUGUGUCCAUCACCACAAGACCACCAAAGGUGGUGACAACAGGACUAACAAACCAACCAAUCACCACAUCUACAACAACAGCUGAAGAAAUCACAUCUACACCAUCUGAACUGUCAACAUCUUCUGUUCCAGCAACACAUACCUCAUUACCAGUUAUAACAUCCACAAAACCAACAACAGAAACAGAGACAACGGUUGUGCCAGUCACUACAGUUUUGUCCACAACAACAAGAGCUGAAUCCUCCACUGAAGCUGAGAUUACCACUGAGGGGGUUUCUUCAACAACAAAACCAAUCAAAGCUGAAACAACAUUUGCAACAACCACACCAAGCAUCCCAACCACAACACUGUUUGAGAAAGAGAGCACCACUGUCCCAUCAUCCACAGAGACAAGCAGAGCUGCAACAACCUCUACAUCAGUGACAGCUACUCAAACAACUGGAGAGUCAAGAACAACAGAGACUGUUACAGAAAAUGAAACAACUACAUUUGAGACACCUGUGUCCAUCACCACAAGACCACCAAAGGUGGUGACAACAGGACUAACAAACCAACCAACCACCACAUCUACAACAACAGCUGAAGAAAUCACAUCUACACCAUCUGAACUGUCAACAUCUUCUGUUCCAGCAACACAUACCUCAUUACCAGUUAUAACAUCCACAAAACCAACAACAGAAACAGAGACAACGGUUGUGCCAGUCACUACAGUUUUGUCCACAACAACAAGAGCUGAAUCCUCCACUGAAGCUGAGAUUACCACUGAGGGGGUUUCUUCAACAACAAAACCAAUCAAAGCUGAAACAACAUUUGCAACAACCACACCAAGCAUCCCAACCACAACACUGUUUGUGAAAGAGAGCACCACUGUCCCAUCAUCCACAGAGACAAGCAGAGCUGCAACAACCUCUACAUCAGUGACCACUACUCAAACAACUGAGGGCCAAGAACGACAGAGACUGUUACAGAAAAUGAAACAACUACAUUUGAGACACCUGUGUCCAUCACCACAAGACCGCCAAAGGUGGUGA